UCCUUUUUGACAAGGACUGCAAACCCUUGGACGUAGGUACAAAUACUGGUUGCUCAUCGCACAGCACUGCAUUUUCAAUUUUCUCUAGUAUAACGUAACUUGAAAUCUUUCGUGUAUUUCGUUCGAAGUGUAUCUUGGUUUAUUUUCGUCGCCUUUACAAUACAAAUCAUCAAGAUGAACACGUAUCAUCAAAAUUUGUGUGAGAGCUCAUCGGAAGAGAUCUCGAAAAAUCUUAAGAGGAACUCUAACAUGAAACAUAUUGAACAAACAUGGAUUAAAAAGAUUGAAACUGACAAACCUAAGAAAUAUCGGCCAAUGUUGCAUACCACGUAUAAAAACUUUGAAAAUAAUAUCUACAAAGUCCCUUUGAGAGUACCAGUUAUGUUUAAUCCACCUUCGCAAACAGAUUUAGAAACAGUAAUUCGUGAAUUCGAAAACAAUUUCUUGAAACCAACGGAAGUUGAUACAUCGAAUAAUUCAACGAAGAACAAGAGCUUCGUAAAAAAAAUCGUCGCAGCAUUCGAAGAAAAGUAUAAGGCGUACAAUGAAUCGAAGAUCGAGGAAGACGUUAGAGCUAUUCUCGAUAAUCGAGAAUUAUUUAUAAAAAUGGAGAAAACAAGUCAUGUGCCUAAAAAAAAUUUAAAUACUUUCGCGAGUACUUCGAAAAUUUGUAGACCGGGUAGCAGUAAAGAAAAUGAUGAUGAUACGUACGCGUCAUUCAGUUCCCCAGAAAAAAAGGAAUACGAAAAGAACUUGUGGAAAUCAACCUGGCCCAGCUCGUUUAAAUCUAGUACUCCGAAAGAAAGUAAAUUUAUAAAAAUAAUGACCGAUAGAUAUCACCCCGAUGAAGAAUUGCCUUCGGGAAUUAACGAUGAUGAACUGAAUGAAGAAUUCAAGGAAAAUUUUGCAGAAACUUCGAAAUCUCUGAAAAUGUCUCAAAAAAAUGUGAAUCUUGGUAAAGAAUUGAAUUUCGAUAACAAUCUAAAAUAUAAUACAGAAUUGCAGACUAUCCAUAAUGAUUUAAUGAUCGAAGAAGUAAAGAUCGUGGCUUCUACGUCGAGAAAUAGGAUGCAUACAAAUUUAAAGAAGGAAUCGGUCGAAGAGGAAGAAGCUGAUAUCGAUUGGUCACCGCCAAUAGAAAAGGAACCAUCGCGAAAAAAACCUUUGAAAAAGUUAUUGUCAAAAUUAGCAAUUGUCAAAAAAUCUAAAAAGGCGUUUAUAUUUCAAAAUGUGAACAAAGAGUGCCAAGAUUCCGGCUAUGACGAAAUGUAUUUAUCAUCUUCUUCGUCGAAUAAAUCGACGCCUGAAAAUAGUAAAUCUAGUUUUUUUAGAAAGAAGUUAUAUCCUUCGAAAUCGCGAAGUUCAGCCGUAAAAAAAUCGAACGAAGCUUUAAAAAAAAUCACUAACACGGAUCUAGCAAAAAAUUCGACGGAUAAAAAGUCUACUGCGGAACCGACGACUUCGACUUAUUAUUCUCUUUCUACACUGACAAUUCCAAAAUAUAUUUUUGAUAACUCUAUUACUGUGUCGGAAACAGAUGACACGUCGGCUAUAAAAUGUUGUUCGACCAGUUCUUUAUCGGCUUGUGUUGACAAGAAUUGCUCAACUUUAGAAGCGGACGAAUUAGAAGAACUCAAAAAAUUACAGUAUCCACGUGAUGUUCCUACAAAAUUCUUUUCUCAAUCGGAUUCAAGAAUAAACGAGCUCCGUGCUUAUAUCGAUACGAAGGAGAAGGAAUUGUUAUACAAUUUGCCUAAACCACGUCGCAGACCAGCAACGACUAGCUUCUACGAGGACGUGUUAUCUUUGAGAAGGAGGAUGGGAUCUAUACCCAAUUUUUAUGCCUGCCCAGAACAUGACAAUCCGCCUUACGCAACGAUCAAACGUGGACAUAAAUGUAAAUUUUGCGACAACGACAGACAAAGACUUUUUGAUGAGAUACAACCUGAUUUGAAUACUUCCUUGUAA